UGAACCAAAUACCAUAGAUAUGUGGACAAGACAAGUAUUGUUACACAUUUAAUGAAAAAGCGUCGUAGCAACUGACCCACUUCAAUGUGAUCCUUUGGGACCAUCCCUCCCUUUCAUUUGUUUCAGAUUUCCCAUGAGAAAAUUAGCCUAGGCCUUUAGGAGUAGAGAGUUGAGAACACCUACAGUCAGUGCACUGUUUAAAGAGUUGAAAGAGUGAGAGAAGGGUCAAAAGCCGCACUCACGCAUUGCUCAGUGACCAGUGUCCCUCUCUCUCUCUCUCUCUUACCCCCUUCUCUACGGUUCCCAGAUGCGCUGACAAUAGUACUCCAUCACUUAGAUUUCCCCAUUCCUUCUUCACAUCAUUUCCUCUCCUGUUUCUUCGGGUAAAACUUGAAAAAGGAAAAGUUCUUUCCUGGUCUACGAUGGUGGUUUAUGCUAAGGCACUGUUGGGGUUCUUGACUUUUCUCGGUUUGCAGCUUCCUUUGAUACUGGCAGAUUGCCCCUUAGAUUUGAGUGGAUCAAAUUUUACUCAUGUGGCUUCUUUAUGCUCUAAUAAAGAUGACAGAGGAAAGUGUUGUCGCUAUAUGAAUGCUUUCGUUGCAUUCUCUGUUGCCCGGUAUGCGAAUAUGACAAGCGACCUAGGAGUUCCAUCAAAUUUAUCUGACAUCUGCAUCCAAUCCAUAUUGCAAACCAUGGAACUGUAUGGAGUGCCGCGUAAUGCCACCAUGUUUUGUGGGUUUGGUACAAAAAUUCCCGUUAGUUAUGACUGUAGGGGUCGAACCACUGUAACACAGAUGCUUGAGUCUCCAAAAUUUAUGGAUGUCACAAGGAACUGCAAACUGCCACUUUUGCGGGAAAAUGAUUGCCGGAAAUGUUUAAAUGCUGGCAUUGUUUACCUUCAUCAUCUAGUGGGAUCUGAAAAUAAUAUGACAUUGAGUACUUGCCGAGAUGCAACUUUUGCUGCACUAGCAAGCCAAGUCGAUGACACUUCAGCUGCCGAAAUUGCAACUUGCUUUUUCCAAGUUCAGGGAUUUAACAUCCCACCAGUUUCAGAGUCAUCUCCAUCUCCACCCACCCCAAAGGCUUCUCCUAGUCCGUUUGUUGCCGCUAGUCCAAAUCAACUUGUGUUGGGAGUACCUCCAGAACAAAAGCACCGUACUUACCACCUCACGAUUAUUCCAGGCAUCGGCAUAGCAGUUACAGUAGCUGCCAUGAUGAUGCUUAUAGUAUUGGUAGUUUUGAUUCGUAGGAAAAAGAGAGAGUUGGAGGAUUCUGAGAGCAUGGACAUGAAUUCUUCAAAAUUCUUUUCUUCUCCUCGGCCCAUGCGUAAAUUUCAGGAAGGCACUUCAUCAAUGUUUCGGAAAUAUAGCUACAAGGAAACCAAAAAGGCAACUGAGAAUUUUAACACCAUCAUUGGACGUGGAGGGUUUGGGACAGUAUACAAGGCUCAAUUUAGUGAUGGCUCAGUGGUAGCUGUAAAACGGAUGGACAAGGUUUCAGAGCAGGCAGAAGAUGAAUUUUGCAGAGAGAUAGAACUUCUUGCUAGAUUACACCAUCGUCAUCUGGUUGCUCUAAGAGGAUUUUGCAUUGAAAAGCGUGAGAGGUUUCUAAUGUAUGAAUACAUGUCAAAUGGGAGCCUAAAGGAUCAUCUUCAUUCCCCAGAAAACACCCCACUGAGUUGGGAGACCAGAAUACAAAUUGCCAUUGAUGUGGCUAAUGCGUUGGAGUACCUUCAUUUCUAUUGUGAUCCACCUCUAUGCCACAGGGACAUCAAAUCGAGCAACAUUUUAUUGGAUGAGAAUUUUGUUGCAAAGGUUGCAGAUUUUGGGCUUGCACAUGCUUCAAAAGAUGGUUCUAUUUGCUUCGAACCAGUAAAUACUGACAUACGUGGAACUCCAGGUUAUAUGGAUCCCGAAUAUGUGGUCACUCAUGAGCUCACGGAUAAAAGUGAUGUAUACAGCUAUGGCGUGCUACUUUUGGAGAUUGUGACUGCAAGACGAGCCGUACAAGAUGGCAAGAACUUGGUUGAAUCGUCCCAGAUACUGAUGGCAUCAGAGUCAAGGUUAUUUGAGCUGGUGGACCCCCAAAUUAAGGACUCCUUUGACUUAGACCAACUACAAACAGUUGUGACCAUUGUGAGAUGGUGCACCCAGAAAGAAGGACGGGCUAGACCCUCAAUCAAACAGGUCCUUAGACUUUUGUAUGAGAGUGCUGAUCCGAUGCAUAGUGGGUUCAUACAAGCUGUCGAAGAUGAAGAUUAUGAAGGUAGUGAUGGAAGAGGAAGGACAAGCAGAGGCAAAAUUCCUAGGAGUGGACCUUAUUAUCACAGUGGGGAUGGAAGAUAUCUUGCUUCAUCUUCAAGUACAUCAAGGUCAUAUUGUAGUAGAAGCUUUUUACUCGAAACCGGAUCACCACAAUCUCCUCAAAACGUACUCUCCCUUUGAGGCCAAUCACAUGAGACAGCUGCGUCAAUCUGAUUAAGCCGUAAUCAAGACUUGAGAGCUUGCAAGUAUGUGAUUUUACUCAUGAACUAGCAGGUAUGCGUGAUGUUUGUUAUGCAGAAUGUUCCUGUUGCAGAGGAAAUGAUAGCCAUCAAGCUUGUUACUUUUACAAAAGGGAAGCAAAAGGAUUCAAGAAGUGAUCAUCUUAUAAUUUUCCUGUUUAUGGUUGCUCUAAAUUUUUUGGAUAAAUGAGACAUAAAUGUAAUUUUCGUGUAUCAUUGGUACAGAGAUACGGAUAUUGCAGCUAAUCAUCAAGAUUGGCAUUUAUUGAUUCAAAAACCAAGAGAUACCCCGGUGCAAUUAUUUCAUUCUUCUA